GCGCGCAGGACCCACCUGCGGCUGCACGCGAAGGCAGCUCAGUUCUCUCGCGUGCAGGAAGGACGCGGUGUGGAGUCAUGCGAGCUGCUGCAGGCAGAGAUGAGGAAAUCCACUUUCUCCGCACAUCUGAUGAGCUGGUGUUCCGGAGCUGUGCGGCUGAUCCUCUCCAGCAAGAACUGUGUCUGGCUUCACAUGGCUAUGGCAACCGCCUCUGUUUCCUUGAACCCACUGCCAACUUGAAGAAUGUUCCGGUAGAGCUGUCUCUCUGCGUGUUUGUGCUGGACCAGUGCGUGUCUGUCCGAGCUCUGCAGGAAACGCUCGCUAACCACAAGGACCUGCAGACAGCAGAGAGUGCUGGCAGACGUACCCUCCUCUACGGCCAGGCACUUCUGCUCAGACACACCCACAGCAACAUGUAUCUGAGCUGUCUGAAGUCGUCAGGGACCUCCUCCGAUAAGCUCGCGUUCGAUGUGGGUCUCCAGGAAGACACAGCAGGUGAAGCAUGUUGGUGGAUUGUCCACCCUGCCUCUAAGCAGAGGUCAGAGGGCGAGAAGGUCAGAGUGGGUGAUGACGUCAUCUUAGUCAGUGUCUCCUCCGAGAGAUACCUACAUGUGUCAUGGCCUGUAGAGGGCAGUGGCGAGCGUGUUGGUGUGAGUGUAAAUGCUGCAUUCAGACACACGCUGUGGCGGGUGGCUCUCAUCUGCUCUGGAGCUGCCCAGGCUCGAGGACACCUGCGAGGAGGGGACACACUUCGCCUGCUCCACGGCCAUGCCGAUGAGUGCCUGACCACCCCGCCCACUGGACACAGAGAGGAGGGGCACAGAUCCAUUUGUUUUGAAGGUGGCUCAGUCGCAGUUCAAGCUCGCUCUCUCUGGAGGAUCGAGAUGCUUCAUGUCUCCUGGAGCGGGAGCCAUGUUUCCUGGGGGCAGCCUUUCCGCCUACAUCACGUAACCACGGGAACAUAUCUGAGCCUGGAGUCAGGUCGAGGACUACAGCUGGUGGAGGGAGAACAGGCUGAUGUCAGAUCCACUGCCUUCUGUCUCCGCCCAACUAAGGACGCUGGGCAGGACUGUGCCAACAGUGCUCGGAAGAGGGAUGGGAUGGGGUCACCCGAGGUGAAAUACGGAGACUCUGUUUGCUUCAUCCAGCACGUGGACACCCGUCUGUGGCUGUCCUACCAGACCAGUAACUCGAAGUGGAAAACGGAGACAGGCUUGCUCAAACAGGCUGUGCUGCACUGCGAGGGUCACAUGGAUGACGGUCUCACGCUGUCUCGCUCUCAGAGGGCGGAGUCUCACGCCGCUGAGCUCAUUCGCAGUAUCACUCUCCUCUUCAUGCGCUUUAUACGGGAAUUGAACGAUCGUAGCCAGGGAACAAACAUUCCAACCUCAGAUCUUCCAAUAGAGACACUGCGCCAGAGCCUGCAGGAUCUGAUUGGUUACUUCCAGUUCCCUGACAAGAGCCAGGACCAUGAGGCAAGGCAGAGCAGUGUCCGAGACCUGCAGAACAGGCAGAACCUGUUCCAGGAAGAGGGUAUAAUUACACUGGUGAUAAACUGCAUUGACCACCUUCACAUGUUCAACAGCGGAGGCCAGUUUCCGGAGGCCGCUGAAAUUCUCAUGUUCCUGUAUGACCUUCUGGCUGCCCUGAUCCGGGGAAAUCGGAAUAACUGCUCCCACCUGUCCGGCUCUCUGGACUGGCUGAUCAGCAGACUGGAGGGAGCAGAGGCCUACUCUGGGAUUUUGGAUGUUCUGCACUGCGUAUUAGUAGAAGGUCCGGAGGCCUUGAAUUUUAUAAAAGAGCGUCACAUCAGAACAAUCAUCUCCCUGCUGGACAAACACGGGCGUGACCACAAGAUCCUGGACGUGCUGCGUUCACUAUGUGUGUGCCAUGGGACAGCGGUUCGUUCUAACCAGCAUCUCGUGUGUGACACCCUGCUGACAGACAGAACUUUACUGCUGCAGACACGGCUAGGCAACCAAAUUACCAGUGUUCGCCCCAAUAUCUACCUUUACGUGGGAGACGACUCCGCCCAGUACAGGAAAUGGUACUAUGAGGUUGUUGUGGAGAGGGCGGAGCCUUUCCUGACAGCUGAGCCAACUCACCUGAGAGUGGGCUGGGCUUCAUCGAGAGGGUACCGCCCCUCUCCGACAGGAGGUCACGGCUGGGGGUCAAAUGGAGUAGGGGAUGAUCUCGGCUCCUACGGAUUUGAUGGACUACACCUGUGGUCAGGAGGCGUUGGUUACAGGGUCAGCUCGCCCGGCCGGCGUCUGCUGAGGAAGGACGACGUCAUCAGCUGUUGCCUUGACCUUAGCGUCCCAAGCAUUUCCUUCCGGGUCAACGGCCAGCCUGUGCAAGGCAUGCUGGAUAACUUCGGUGCUGAUGGGCUGCUGUUUCCUGUGGUCAGCUUCUCUGCUGGGGUCAGGGUGCGUCUGCUGUUCGGAGGUAUACAGGGGAAGUUUAAGUUCCUGCCCCCUGCAGAGUUCUGCCCAUGUGCAGAAGCCUUACUCCCCAGGGGGCACUGUAGGCUGGAGCUGUGUGAGAACUUUGUCCGGGGUCACCCUGAUGGCCAGCGUGACCUGUUAGGCCCUGCUGUGCCCACUGGACCAGUGAUCUUUAACCCCACGCCGGUGGACACCAGUCAGGUGGUGCUCCCUCCACAGCUGGAGCUGAUCAGAGACAAGCUGGCGGAGAACCUUCAUGACCUGUGGCUCGUCGAUAAGAUGGAGCACGGCUGGACGUACGGAAGUGUGAGAGAUGAUAGUAAGAGGGUCCACCCAGGACUGGUCCAGUUCUCCAGCCUUCCUGAUCAGGAGAUACAAAAGCACCGGCGUUCUGCUGAUCACACAGUCAGAACACUCCUGGCCCUCGGUGCGUGUAUCGGACUGUCUGGUGCCUACGCAGAGGAGAAUGUGAAACACGUCCAACUCCCAAACAAGUGUGAACUGUGGAGCGGCUAUAGGCCAGCUCCAGUGGACCAGUCCUGCGUGCGGAUGACCGCCGGCCAGGAUGCUCUGGUGGAGGCGCUGGCGGACAGUGAGCACAGCGUCUGGGCCCGAGAGUGCAUCAGACAGGGAUGGAGCUACGCCCCACAGCAGGACGUUAAGAGGAAGAGGAGUCUGGAGCUGGUUCCGUUCUCUCUGCUGGAGGAGCGGUGCAGGCGCAUCUGGAUGGAUGAGGCAAGGGACGCCGUUGGAACGCUCCUCGGCCUCGGAUACACCGUGGAACCCCCGGAACAGCAGCGUCAUCCGGACCCCAAAGUAAACGCUGCCAGUGGAGAGAGUUUCCGGAUCUUCCGUGUGGAAUACCCUUUUGCAGUGCAUGAUGGGAAAUGGUAUUUUGAGUUUGAGGCAAUGACCGAUGGAGAUAUGAAAGUGGGUUGGGCGCGACCUGGCAGUAAACCCAAUGUAGAGCUGGGGUCCGAUGACCUGGGCUUCGCGUUUGAUGGAUUAAAGGGUCAGUGGUGCCAUGGCAAUGCCGUGCCAUUGGGCAGGCCCUGGAAGAAGGGAGAUGUGAUUGGCUGUUUUUUGGACUUGAUUCAGAGGACCAUGAUGGUCACUCUAAAUGGGGAAUUAUUGCUGAACAGCUGUGGCUCUGAGAUUGUGGAGAAAGAUUUCACGCCAUCUGGUUUCGUACCUGCAUGCAGUUUGGGUGUGAACCAGGUGGGGUGUCUGAAUUUGGGCCACCAGGUGAGUUCUUUGCAUUUCUUCAGUGCCUGUGGGCUCCAUGAGGGAUACCAGCCCUUCGCUCUCAACAUGAGCCACGCUCCACCCCUCUGGACCAGCUGGAGAGCGCCGCUCUUUCAACCCGUACCAGAGGACCACCCUCACCUGCAGGUGACUCGAAUAGAUGGAACCGUGGACCGUCCACCUGCUCUGAAGGUCACCUGGAGGACCACCGGGCCCUCACACAGAAUCAGUGCCGAGGCUCAGUUCUGUCGCCUGAGUUUGCCCAUAGAGUGCGCGCAGGUGUUAUCCCAGCCUGCAGAGGGCGCUGUUCACAGCAGCACUGUGGCGUGCCACGUCAGAGAGGCAGAGGAAGGCGAGGAGGACUCUGAUUUUGAGGUCCUAAUGAAGUCGGCGCACAGACACACAGGCAGCCGAGACGGACUGGACGACCACAAGGACCAGAACCAAGAGAAGCCGUCCAGACCCAAACAUCGGUUCCUUUUGAAGAAGAAGCCAGAGUUGAGCACAAGUGGAUCUUCAGCACGGCUUCUGGAGGAGGUGCUAGCGAGUGAGAGAGACGACCUCAAACACCUGCCCAACUCCACGAAGUACUACUAUUCUGUGAAAGUCCUACGUGAUCAGGACCCUUCCUGUGUUUGGGUUGGCUGGGUGACCUCAAACUUCUACCCUCAUGAGCUGACCUUUGACCUGCAGAGAGCAUGCUCAGUGACGGUCACACUCGGAGAUGAGUGUGGUAAAGUUCUUAGCAGUGUUAAACGCAGCUGUUGUUACAUGGUUUGUGCAGCAGAGGGCAGCACUCUCUCUCGCAGCCAAAGUAGUAGCAGCUUGGAGAUCGGGUGUCUGGUUGACACAGACACUGGACUUCUCACCUUCUUAGCUAAUGGACAUGAGAUGGGAAUCCUGUACCAGGUGGAGCCAGGAACCAAGCUGUUCCCUGCUGUUUUUGCCAAGUCCACCAGCCCUGACGUCUUCCAGUUUGAGCUGGGACGGAUCAGGGGAGCUCUGCCCUUGUCUGCGGGCCUGUUUCGGAGCGAGAGGAGCAACGCGGACCCUCGAUGCCCCCCCAGGCUGGCUGUGCAGUGUCUGACCCCCGUCAGGUGGACCCGCUUACCCGACCGGGCCCCUCGGGUGGAGCUGACCCGGAUGGAGGAGAGCCGCGGCUGGAGAGCAGAGUGCGUUGAGAGCCUACAGGUCAUGACCCUGCACAUCCCUGAAGACGACAGGUGCAUAGACAUUCUUGAAACUUCCGAACUGGAAAACCUCCUCAGGUUCCAUGACCACACCCUCCGCCUCUACUCUGCCCUCUGUGCCCAUGGAAACACACAUGUAAGCCACGCCCUGUGCAGCCACGUCGACCAAUCGCAGCUCCUGUUUGCCUUGCAGUGUUAUAGAAUGCCUGGGCCCCUGAGGGCAGGUUUCUAUGCGCUCCUAACCAGUGCCCACCUCAGUGUGCAUGCCGAGGACAUGCAGGCCACCACCCAUGAGUACAUUGUGCCCACGUCCAGUACCACCCGAACCGUGACGCUCUUCGAGAACAACAGGAAAUGCCACAGCUUUCCAGGAAGUGACAUCAGCAAUUUGCUGCGACCCAGAAUGCACGUCACCACGCCUUGUUUCGUCUGGGCUAGCGGAGCGGUCUCGGGUGACAAAUGUCCUGUCGAGGCUCACUUAUGGCAACCCAGUCCCGAGUUCCCGUUGAACGUGCUGAAGGCUGUUACCGUGACGAUGCUGGACGAGGCAGUGUCUUCGGUCAGGCGGCGUGUCCGGGAUCCCAUAGGGGGCAGCGUAGAGCUGCUGCUGGUCCCUCUUCUCACCCUGCUCCACACCCUCCUCGUCAUGGGCGUGGUCCAGCGCUCAGACCUGCGUCCUGUGCUCGCUCUCAUCCUGCCCUCCGCCUUCAUCAGCGAACACCACACGGCAGGGCGACAGGACAGUGACGGAGAGAGCGAUGGAGAGAGCGAUGGAGAGGACAGAGGGAGACGGAUCAGAGCUUCUCAUCUAGACCUGUUACGGAUGAAACUUCCUGAAGCAGUUAAACUACAGUUGUGUCACCUGCUGCAGUACCUGUGUGACAGUGAGGUACGCCACAGGGUUGAGGCCGUGGUGUCCUUUGCCCUUGACUUUGUGGGUCGUCUCCAGGAAAACCAACGCCACCGUUACAAUGAGGUCAUAGAGGCGCUUAACAUGUCUGCUGCCCUCACCGCCCGCAAGACUAAGGAGUUCCGCUCUCCCCCCGAGGAACAGAUGAACUUGCUGCUGAACUUCCGGGAGGAGACACAGGAAUGCCCAUCUCCCGAAGAGAUCCAAGACUUGCUCUGGGAAUUCCAUCUAGACCUGAAAAGGCACUGCGGAGCUGCGGUGGAUGAAGACGUAGAUGUUGAAGAUGAGGAGCAUCUGCCCAUCAGGGCUCGAUUAAGAGUCCUGGUAGAUAAAGUGGUCCAUUUAAGGAGAAGGCUGUCGAGAGUUGCUGAAGAAGACAUUGUGUCCCAACCUGCCCCCCUGAGGCAGCUCAUCUCUAGCACGGUGCUGCACUGGCUCCAGCAGGGAGCGUUGGAGGACCCGGCCCUGGCGCGGGCCGCGUUCGGCCUGCUGUUCCAGCAGUACGCGGGGAUGGCCCGCCAGAUGGCCGCCCCCCUGCGUAAAGCCUACUGCAUCAGCCAGGGCUCGGUGGAGGACACGCACUGCCUGCAGGGGGCGCUGGGACGGCUCCGCUCUCUGCUCAGGACCAGGAUGGGCAGGAAGGAAGAACAUCUUAUGAUCAGAGCACUUGGUGACAUCAUGAACAAUAAGGUGUUCUACCAGCACCCGAACCUGAUGAGGAGUCUGGGUCUGCACGAGACCGUCAUGGAGGUGAUGGUCAAUGUUCUGGGUACCAGGGAGUCCAAGGAGAUCGCGUUCCCAAAGAUGGUGGCAAACUGCUGCCGGUUCCUGUGUUACUUCUGUCGGAUCAGCCGCCAGAACCAGAAGGCCAUGUUCGACCACCUGAGUUACCUGCUGGACCACAGCGGCGUGGGUCUCGCAUCCCCGUCCAUGCGAGGGUGCACGCCGCUGGACGUGACGGCGGCGUCCGUGAUGGACAACUACGAGCUGGCCCUGCGCCUGACAGAGCCGCACCUGGACAAGGUGGUGCAGUGUCUCGCGGGCUGCGGCGUGCGUAGCUGUGCUCUGAUGCUCUCUAAAGGAUACCCAGACAUCGGCUGGAAUCCCGUCGAGGGGGAGCGUUAUCUGAACUUCCUACGCUCCGCUGUCUUCUGCAACGGUGAAAGUGUGCAAGAAAGUGCUUACGUGGUGGUGAGGCUUCUGAUUCGUCAUCCGGAGUGCUUUGGCCCCGCCCUGCAGGGCGAGGGAGGAAAUGGUCUCUUAGCAACAAUGGAGGAAGCCAUCAGGAUCUCUGAAGACCCAAGGAGGGGUGGUUCCUCCAAAGCUUACCACUCUAGAAGUACACUGGAUACCCUUGAUGAUGAUGAUGACGAUGACAUCAUCCACGUUGGUCACGCCAUUAUGACUUUCUACUCGGCUCUUGUAGACCUGAUGGGACGAUGCGCCCCAGAAACACACCUGAUAGAGGCAGGGAAGGGUGAAGCUAUACGCAUCAGGGUGAUCUUGAGGUCCCUGAUUUCCGUGGAGGAUCUGGAGGGAAUCCUUAGUUUGCCUCUGUCUCUCCCCUGUGUGGAUCCAGAUGGUUCCGUCAUGGAGCCAGACAUGUCCAGGGUGUUCUGUCCGGAUCAUAAAGCAUCCAUGGUGCUAUUCCUGGACCGUGUCUACGGAAUCCAGGAUCAGCAAUUCCUGCUCCGCCUACUCCAGAAUGGCUUCCUGCCUGACCUGCAGGCUGCUGUUUCCAUGGACACUGCUGGUCUGGGUGGUACAGACAUGGCCCUGGCCCUGAACCGUUACCUGUGUGUGUCUGUGCUGCCGCUGCUGUGUCAGUGUUCGUUCUUGCUCUGUGGGCCCCCUCCGCUCCACUCGGGCCCCGUGGACGGGCUCCUACAAGCCCUGUACCAGCUCUCCAAAGCCAACAGCCUUACCAAGGCCCAGAGGGACUCCAUCCAGGCCUGCCUGCUCUCCGUGUGCGGAAACAUGAAGCCCUCCCUGCUGCAGAACCUACUAAAGAGUCUGGUGUUAGAUGUUCCACAGUUGUCAGGAGACACCAAGAUGCCACUUAAGCUUUUGACCAAUCACUAUGAAAGGAACUGGAAGUACUACUGCACAACCGGUUCACCGGAUGGUUGUGGCUCCGCCAAGCAGGAGGAGCUGCAGCUGGCCAGGAAGCUGUUUUGGGGGAUAUUCAGAGCUCUAAUCAAAAAGCCAUACCACGCGGAGCUGGUCAGCCUGUCCGUGGGCUGCCUACACGCUGUGUGUGCCGCCCUGCCUCCGGACCACACCGAGCCCGACAGCACUGCAACAGCGGACCCACAGUCCUUCCUGCACGCCCAGGUCCAGUUCUGUCCUCAGCCGCUGGAUACCUCCAACGUGUUGGUGGCCGAGGGCCUGGAGCACGUGAUGAAUAAGUAUGCGGAGCACACUCAUGAGAAGUGGUCCCUGGAGAAGUUUGCUAAUGGUUGGGUCCAUGGGGAACAGUUGUGUGAGAGCUCGAAAGUUCAUCCACUCUUGAAGCCUUACAGAGCCUUAUCAGAGAAAGAUAAGGAAAUCUACAGAGGAGCCAUUAAAGAGACGGUGAAAAGCAUGCUGGUCAUGGGUUGGACCAUCGAGAAGAUGAAGGAGGGGGAGUCGAUGGCCCUUCACAACCCUGCCAGGAGGAUCUCGCAGGCUGGGCAGGUAGCGCUGUCCUUUGAGGGAACCUCCAUGUUCAGUCCCAAACCAGCAGACACCAGCUGCAUCACGCUGACCUGGGAUCAGUAUGCUAUGGCGGAGCUGCUAGCAGAGAACUACCACAAUAUCUGGGCCAAGAGGAAACUAGAGGAACUUCAGGCUAAAGGAGGGGGCAGUCACCACCUGCUGGUGCCAUAUGGUGCGCUGAGUUCCAGGGAGAAGAAUCCACUGAGAGAAAGCGCUCAGGAUGUGUUCAGGUUCUUCCACAUCAAUGGCUACGAGGUGUGGAGGGAGAAAACGUCUUUGGACUUGGACUGUCCUGCCGCUGCUGGACGCUUUGCCUACUGUCUGCUCCAGGAGGUGCUGUCCUGCACCGAGCAAAUCCAGGAGAAGAUGCUGGAGCUGGGUGCGUCCGUGCUGGGGGGUCUGCAAGCUCGAGGGCAGAUGGGCAGAACAGACACAGUGACUCAUGAAGAGCAGGUUUAUUUCUUCAUUAAGGUGAUACUGCCUCUAGUUGGUCAAUACUUUAAGAAUCAUCACCUCUACUUCCUGUCCAGGGCCCCAUGUCCCCUUGGCGACAGCGGUCAUGCCACCUAUAAGGAGAAGGAGAUGGUUUCUGGUCUGUUUGUUAAACUAGCAGGACUAGCAAGGGCCAAGACGUCACUCCUCGGUACAGAUACUCAGUCUUUGGUGAGCUGUCUGCAGAUGCUUGCACAGUCUCUAGAUGGCAGGGCGGUGAGGACGUCAGCAGGAGGGAGUGGGUGGUCAGUGCUGUGCUCAUUCUUUGAGGACACGGCAGAAGAUCUGGAGCUGACGGCUGAGGGUGUGGCUGCGCAGCCAAUCAGCCAGAGCAGGGGGCGGGACACAGAUGACCGACCACUGACGUACACCACCACGGUUCUGCUUCCUAUACUGACUGCCCUGUUCCUGCACGCUGGGCACUUCCAGGACUUAUCAGAACUGAUCGUGGAUGACGUGCGGGACUCCUGUUACAGAAUCAUGUGCAGUCUGCAUGUUCUUGGGACGACUAAUAAUAACUGCAUGGAAAGGUGGAGGCCUUUCGUGGGGGAGUGUCUGGCUGCCCUGUCAGCUGCCUUUCCUGUGUGUUUCCUUGAGCUAUCAUGGGAACACAUAAGCCCUGAUAAGAGUCAUGGUGUGGCUAUGGGUGAUGAGGAGUUGUGCAAGCCCCUCCCCUCCGUGUGGGAUGCUUUCUCAGAAGUUGAAGAGCUCAUGGAGGCGGGGUCAGCUACCCGCCACACCCAAACCUCCAGGGUCAUGGAGAUGACCGUCCCUCUGUUGUGCAGCUAUGUCUCUCGUUGGACACCUAUCGGAGACUCAGGGUCUCAUGGGUUCCAGCAGGGGCCAUGGUCCUCUCUAACAUCCCAGCACACCAACACCCUCCUGGGGCACGUUCUGUCCAUCAUCCACGCCCACCUGGGUAUGCCCAGCUGUAGCUGGAUGAAACGAAUUGCAGCCUUCGUUCUUCCCAUCAUUCAUAUGGCGGAGCCCCAUCUCCUGAGCACCCACUUCCUGCCUCUGAUGGAAAAACUGAAGAACAGGGCGGAGCUAGUGUUGCGGGAGGAGGAGCGUGUGAAGGUGCAGGGGCGUGCCGACCUAGCAGAGGCGGAGCUCCUGCUCCAGCAGAGGUUUACAGUGUUGGUGCGAGACCUGUAUGCCUUUUUCCCCCUGCUGAUAGCAUUUGUAGAACGUCUCAGGCCCACCUGGCUGAGGGCGAUGGAUGCAGGAGCAGAGAGGCUCUUCUGCUUGGUUGAGAAGGUCUUCAUCUUCUGGGCCAGAUCUCACAACUUCAAGUGGGAGGAGCAGAUCUUUGUUGUCCAGAAUGACAUUAAUAGCUUGUCUUUUGUGGUGAGCAGAAGAAACCACCAAGGGACCAAGGGUGUGUUAUGUGAAGAGCAACAGAGGAAAAGGGCACCAUCCAAUAAGGAUGAACAGUUCUCCACACACGCUUCACUCGUUGUGACUGCCCUGAAGAAACUCCUGCCCAUUGGGCUGAGCCGCUGUUGCCAUGGCGACCGGGGACUGGUUGCUCUGGCGAAAAGCCGUUUCUCGGAGAAGGACACAGAGGAGGAGAUCCGAUCCAUCAUUCGCAGCCACUUGCCGGAGGAGCCCUCGGAGGGGUCGCUGAGUCCCGGGCGGGUCGAGAGGGUGUUUUCUGUCGCUCGGGUCCUGUUCUAUCUGGAUCAGGUGGAGCACCCCCGCAAAAAUAAGAGGGAGGUGUGGCAGAAGUUGGUGUCUCAGCAGAGGAAGCGUGCGGUGGUUGCCUGCUUAAGGAUGUGCCCCCUCUACAACCUGCCCCUGCACAGAGCAGUGGGAAUAUUUUUGCAGAGCUACAGGAAGUCAUGGGUGGAGCCAGAAGAUGGCUCAUUUGAGGAGAAACUGAUUGAAGAUUUAUCUCGAACAGCGGAUAGAGGGAGUGCGGAUGAGUGUAGGAGAGAGGAAGAGGAGAUGAAGAAGAUGGACCCUCUUCAUCAGCUCAUCUCUCUCUUCCAUCAAAGUGCCCUGACAGAGAGCAGUGAGCUACAGGAGGAGUCCCUGUACCUGGCCUACGCCCACGUCAUGACAAAGAGCUGUCAGACCCAGGAUGAUGAUGCCAGUGAUGAAGAGAUGAAAUCCUUUGAGGAGAAAGAGCUGGCCAAACAGACCCUGUUGUAUCAGCAGGCCAGACUACACGAUCGCGGAGCUGCAGAGCUGGUGCUUCAUAGGCUCGGUGCCAGCCGAGGCAUCAUGGGGCCCAUGGUAGCGUCCGCGUUUAAGCUAGGCAUAGCCAUGCUGAACGGAGGCAACGCGUCCGUACAACAGAAAAUGCUGAACUGUCUGAGACAGAAGAGAGACGUUGGAUUCUUUCACAGCCUGGCUGGGCUCAUGAAGGCAUGCAGUGUGCUGGAUUUGAACGCCUUCGAAAGGCAGAUCAAAGCGGAGGGGUUAGGCAAUGUGGGGGAUGAGGUGAUGCCGGAUGUGAGGUUGACGUGUGAUCUCUUUCGCUUUCUCCAGCUGCUGUGUGAAGGACACAAUGCUGAGUUUCAGAAUUAUUUGAGGACUCAGACUGGAAACAACACUACGGUGAAUAUCGUCAUCUGUACUGUGGACUACCUGCUCAGGUUACAGGAGUCCAUCAAUGAUUUCUAUUGGUAUUACUCUGGGAAAGACGUUAUUGAUGAAUACGGCCAACGCAGCUUCUCCAAAGCCAUCAGGGUGUCCAAGCAGGUCUUUAACACUCUCACUGAGUACAUUCAGGGACCCUGUGCAGGGAACCAGGAGAGUCUGGCCCACAGCCGCCUGUGGGACACCGUGGUGGGGUUCCUUCACGUGUUCGCACACAUGCAGAAGAAACUUUCUCAGGAACCCAGUCAGAUGGAGCUUCUGAAGGACCUGAUGGAUUUGCUCAAAGACCUGGUGGUGAUGCUACUCUCCAUGCUGGAAGGCAACGUGGUCAACGGGACGAUUGGCAGGCAGAUGGUGGACAUGCUGGUGGAGUCGUCGCGCAACGUCGAGAUGAUUCUCAAGUUCUUUGACAUGUUCCUGAAACUCAAGGACCUUGUGUCAUCAGACACCUUCAGAGAACACGACCCAGACGGGCGAGGACUUAUCUCUAAGAAGGAUUUCCAAAGGGCCAUGGAGGGGUACAAGCGUUACACGCCCAGCGAGAUCACCUUCCUCCUCUCCUGCGUGGAGACAAAGGGAAGCCAGCUCCUGGACUACCGGACCUUCACGGCACGCUUCCAUGAGUCGGCUAAGGACAUCGGCUUCAACGUGGCGGUCUUGCUGACCAACCUGGCCGAGCACAUGCCCCAUGACCCUCGCCUGCGGAACUUUCUGGAGCUGGCCGACAGCGUGCUGCAGUAUUUCCAGCCUCACCUUGGCAGGAUCGAGAUCAUGGGACGAGGGAAACGCGUUGAGAGGGUCUACUUUGAGAUCAGCCAGUCCAGUCGCAUGCAGUGGGAGAAACCCCAGGUGAAGGAGAGCAAGCGCCAGUUCAUCUUUGACAUGGUAAACGAAGGCAGGGAGAAGGAGAAGAUGGAGAUGUUUGUGAACUUCUGUGAGGACACCAUCUUUGAGAUGCAGCUGGCUGCUCAGAUCUCUGGUCCUGGCUGUGAUGAGGAGAGGGGACAGGAAGUUGAAAGAAUGCCGGAGAAGAGGAAGGGCAAGGCUGAGAAGUUUCUCACGGAAAGCAAUACCACCAAAGAACUGAGAGGUUUUUUGACGGUCGGCAAGGUGAACCAGUUCCUCCUGGCUCCUGCGUGGGGCUUGAUGGUGAUCAUGUCUCUGUUCUCUGUAGGGAACCUGCAGAGCCUGUGGAGAAGAGUGACUGUGAAGGGAAUCGUUUUUGUGGUCUCGCUCGUCUUCUGGAAGGUUCUAACAGGCAUUCUCCAUGCCGUGAAAGACACUUUCCAGUUCCUUCUCCACAUCCUCUUCUGUAUCUUCCUCAGUGGAUGGAUUAUUGAAUUUGCCAAAGAGGUGAAACUCUCUGACCUCUUUGGAGACCUACAGGACCCUACCUCAGAUCAGGUCACAGGGGAUGGUGAAAGGGCAAACAAGGUGGUCAGAGGUCACACUUACGGCUUCUUGUCUCAUGGAACUCGGCGGAUGGUGAGUCUGGACCUGUCGACUGUGACAAGGAACCCUCAGCUUCUUUCAGACAUCUUUGGGCUCCGGCUGAAGAAGGAGGGAGGGAAGUAUUCCUUAGUGCCCUCAGACUCAAACGCCACCCUCAGCGGACUGGUGGGUUCCUCCAGCUACCAGCAGGCAGUGGUGUGUGAAGAAGAUUUGAUGGAGCAGGAGAAGCAGUCAGAAACUGAAAAGGCAGAAGGAGAAGAUUAUGAAAAUAGUGAGAAGAGGAAGGGAAAAAAAACCCAAACGACAACUUUGGAAGACCGGCUCAGCGGAUGUUCCGGAUGCAGCUGCUUGGAAAACUCUGUGGAAAACUCUGUGCUCGCAGAAGACGACACUGCUGAACUGUUUUGCCCGACAUUUUUACAGCAUACGGAUGCUAGCACUGUGCCUGGCCUUCGCCAUUAACUUCAUCUUGCUGUUCUAUAAGGUCUCCUCCAGGGAGCGUGGCGGCAUGUGUGAGGAAGGCCUGCAGAUAUCCGAUCUCCGACGUGAGACUGGAGAUUCAGGGGUGGAUCGGUUU